AUGGUUUAUUUUAUGGUGUUGGUGACCUCCUUAAUAACCCAGCCGGCCUCGGGUCAGUGCCGCAGCCGGCCUCGGGUCAGUGCCGCAGCCGGCCUCGGGUCAGUGCCGCAGCCGGCCUCGGGUCAGUGCCGCAGCCGGCCUCGGGUCAGUGCCGCAGCCGGCCUCGGGUCAGUGCCGCAGCCGGCCUCGGGUCAGUGCCGCAGCCGGCCUCGGGUCAGUGCCGCAGCCGGCCUCGGGUCAGUGCCGCAGCCGGCCUCGGGUCAGUGCCGCAGCCGGCCUCAGGUCAGUGCCGCAGCCGGCCUCGGGUCAGUGCCGCAGCCGGCCUCGGGUCAGUGCCGCAGCCGGCCUCGGGUCAGUGCCGCAGCCGGCCUCGGGUCAGUGCCGCAGCCGGCCUCGGGUCAGUGCCGCAGCCGGCCUCGGGUCAGUGCCGCAGCCGGCCUCGGGUCAGUGCCGCAGCCGGCCUCGGGUCAGUGCCGCAGCCGGCCUCGGGUCAGUGCCGCAGCCGGCCUCGGGUCAGUGCCGCAGCCGGCCUCGGGUCAGUGCCGCAACCGGCCUCGGGUCAGUGCCGCAGCCGGCCUCGGGUCAGUGCCGCAGCCGGCCUCGGGUCAGUGCCCAGCCGGCCUCGGGUCAGUGCCGCAGCCGGCCUCGGGUCAGUGCCGCAGCCGGCCUCGGGUCAGUGCCGGGUCAGCCGGCCUCGGGUCAGUGCCGCAGCCGGCCUCGGGUCAGUGCCGCAGCCGGCCUCGGGUCAGUGCCGCAGCCGGCCUCGGGUCAGUGCCGCAGCCGGCCUCGGGUCAGUGCCGCAGCCGGCCUCGGGUCAGUGCCGCAGCCGGCCUCGGGUCAGUGCCGCAGCCGGCCUCGGGUCAGUGCCGCAGCCGGCCUCGGGUCAGUGCCGCAGCCGGCCUCGGGUCAGUGCCGCAGCCGGCCUCGGGUCAGUGCCGCAGCCGGCCUCGGGUCAGUGCCGCAGCCGGCCUCGGGUCAGUGCAGCCGGCCUCGGGUCAGUGCCGCAGCCGGCCUCGGGUCAGUGCCGCAGCCGGCCUCGGGUCAGUGCCGCAGCCGGCCUCGGGUCAGUGCCGCAGCCGGCCUCGGGUCAGUGCCGCAGCCGGCCUCGGGUCAGUGCCGCAGCCGGCCUCGGGUCAGUGCCGCAGCCGGCCUCGGGUCAGUGCCGCAGCCGGCCUCGGGUCAGUGCCGCAGCCGGCCUCGGGUCAGUGCCGCAGCCGGCCUCGGGUCAGUGCCGCAGCCGGCCUCGGGUCAGUGCCGCAGCCGGCCUCGGGUCAGUGCCGCAGCCGGCCUCGGGUCAGUGCCGCAGCCGGCCUCGGGUCAGUGCCGCAGCCGGCCUCGGGUCAGUGCCGCAGCCGGCCUCGGGUCAGUGCCGCAGCCGGCCUCGGGUCAGUGCCGCAGCCGGCCUCGGGUCAGUGCCGCAGCCGGCCUCGGGUCAGUGCCGCAGCCGGCCUCGGGUCAGUGCCGCAGCCGGCCUCGGGUCAGUGCCGCAGCCGGCCUCGGGUCAGUGCCGCAGCCGGCCUCGGCUCAGUGCCGCAGCCGGCCUCGGGUCAGUGCCGCAGCCGGCCUCGGGUCAGUGCCGCAGCCGGCCUCGGGUCAGUGCCGCAGCCGGCCUCGGGUCAGUGCCGCAGCCGGCCUCGGGUCAGUGCCGCAGCCGGCCUCGGGUCAGUGCCGCAGCCGGCCUCGGGUCAGUGCCGCAGCCGGCUCCACUGGUCUCCUCACAUUUGA